AUGGGUCUGCGCAACGACGUGUCGCGAUGUAGUUGGGUUGGUCUGGGGACGGUGUGGGAAGCGAUGCUGCGCGCGGAAACCAAGGCGAGACCCUCUGAGGAACGACGGGAGUAUGCGUCGCGCAGUAGGUCGAUGCACGACGGAAGGACAGGGGAGAAAGGGGGUGGUGGGAACUUUCAACGCAAGGCAAACAAACAACAGCGACGACGCAAGUAG